AUGAAGAUCGUUCUCGCCGUUCUUUUCGUCUUGACGUUCGCUCGCGACUUAAAAGACGCUGACGACAAAUUUCGACCGACUUGCAAUUUUAAGGAUAAGCUCAAGGCGGACUUCUGCUCACUGACGGCCCUCAAACAUUAUUGGUACGUUAUAAGGGACGUCAUCACCGAUUCUUCGGAUGUCACUCUUGAUGAGAUACGCGAGCAAUGCCAGCCCCCAUUUAAUUGCUACAGCGAGAUUGGGUGUAUGAAAGAGUCGUGGGUGUACGGCAUUCUCGACACGUGCAUCGAGGCGCGCUACUUCACUGGUCCCUACAAUAAAUGCUACUAUACGAACAGUAAGGCGACGUGCGAGCAAUUGGAGCAACGCAAAACGUGCAUGUUGCCGGAAAUCGAGAAGAAUUGCGACGAGAAGGUCGUCGACUCGUUUAAAGAGACAUCGCUAUCAAUCAUCGCGGUGGCUCUCAUCGCGAAUUGUCGCGGCGACGUCGACGAUUUUUCGGUGCGCGUCACCGGCACCCUAUUGUGUCGUUCGAAGCCCUACGCGAAUUGCCGAAUCGACGUCUACGACGACAACAUUUUGAUGAGCUAUGACACCUAUUAUAGUCGAUUCACCAAUCAGAAUGGCUCGUUCGAUUUGGUGGCGUUCACCAAAAGCAAUAAAAUAUUUGUGAAUCCGCACGUCGUCAUCACCCAUGAUUGCUGGGAGCAUCCCGAUCGGCCGCGCGAUUGCAAACGCAAAAUUGUGCUGCCAAUUGCGCCAUCGCAAGUCACCCAAGGAAGCAAAGUGCCGGACCCUUAUACGUCUCCGAGAUUCGGCACCAUCGAGCUCAAAUAUAAGCAUCAACACGAGACAGAUGUGAUUUGCGGGCUCGCCGAUUAA